UGUAACUGUUCGCUCUACUACAAGCGGCCCGAGUUCCACGGAAGCCGGGAUUCCCUUUACUGCGCAUGCGUCACAAGUAGUUCCCCUGGCUCCCCCUCCCCGCAAGAUGGCGAAGGGGAGGCUAGUCCGAGAGUCAGAGUGAGGGAAGGGGGGCGGUGACGGCAGCAGGCAGCUGCAGGUAAAACUGUAGCGAGAGCAAAGGCCAAGGCCGGGCUGGUGGUGCUGACUGAGGCACGGGUGGAGCUCGGCAGGCAGCGGGAGUUCCUCGCCCUCCGCCCUGCUCGGGCAUGAGGAGUCGGGGAGGCGGUGGGACAAGGGGGAGCAGCAGCAGCAGCAGCCCCCCUCUUGUCCGCCGGCGCCGCCGCCUCUGAGCUGAGAAGGAAGACGAGAAGGAGGAGGGGAGCGUGUCCCGCACAGCCUUCCCCGCGCCCCGGAUGUGUGGGCGGUCGCUUCGCAGCUUCUUGGUGGGGCCGAGUCCCCCAAGCACCGGUCGCAACGGGGGGAGCUGCCGCGUCGGGGGAGCUGCCGCAGCGGCGCUGCUGGGCGUGGAGAGCGACGAGGCGGCGGGCAGAUAUCAGGCAGUAUGGAGGCAGGGGGGAUCUAGCUUUUCUUCUUGAAACUAUAAAAUAGAUUCCAAGAGAGAUGGGAGAUUCUGAAAAGCAAGAUACUGAAGGCUCACUCGCACAAAAUUCCCAUGAGAAGGAAACAUCUAAAGAAAGCAGUGUGGAUGCACUGAGAGCUAUUUGAAAAACUGAGAAGCAAAAAUGGCACAUAAACAAAACAAAAGGAGAGGCAUAUCACCAAGGAAGAGUAUAAAAGAGUAGCCUGAACCUGUAGAGAUAAUGGCAGGAAGACUAAAGCUCAGAAUGAACAGAGGCUUGUGAGGGAUGCCAAAACACAACAACAAAUUGUUUUUUGGAUAACAAAAUAAAAAUCAGCAAAGUGGUAGAUCUUUACUUGGAGAAGAUUGUGAAAUAGUAACAGGUGAUAGAGAGGGUAGAGCUACUUACCUUCUAUUUUGCAUUUUCCUUCUCUCACAAGGGAAAGGUGGCACAACCUGCCAGCAGUUACAGUAAUGAAGAAAUAAGUUAAAUGUGCUUCAAGAUCGGUAAAGAGAUGGUAAGAGAACACCUGGGCACUUUAGAUGAAUUUAAAUCUCCAGGGACUAGUGAACUGCAUCUUAGCAUACUGAAGGAACUUGCAGAGAUUAUCUUGGAGCCACUGUCUGUCUUUGAGAACUCCUGGAGAACUUGAGACGAGCAGAACUUGUCCCUUCUUCAAAAGAGGGGAAGAAGGAACUCGGAAACACUCAUACCUGGGAACGUCAUACUUGGGAGAUUAAGCAGUCUAUCUGUGAGCACUUAGAAAAGAAUUUGGUGAUUAAUAGGAGCCAUGAUUUGUCAAAACAAAUCAUGCUAUACUAAUCUUCUUACUUUUUUUUGUUCAAUAGAUUAUUAGUCAAUCACUACUUUUACAACAUCCUCAUGAUCUGUUUGUGUAGACAAUAGUUUAAGCAAAGUAUUUGAAAAAGUCUCCCAUGAUAUCCUUGGGGAUGAGAUGGUAAAUUCAGGCUAGAUGAUACUACUGGCAGAUGGAUUCACAGCUGCUUGAAGAACUGGACCCAUCAAGUGCCAUAAAUUACAUCAAUCUGGAGAGAGGCUGUUUCAAGUGGAGCAGCACAGGACUCUCUCCUGGACUCUGUGCUGUUCAACAUUUUGAUAAAUUUCUUGGAGUGGAAGGGAUGCUUAUCAAGAUUUAAAACAAUAUUUAUUACAUAUGUAUUCUGUUCUUUUUCCAAGGAACUCAGGGUGGCAUGUGUGGGUGCUCCCUACCACCCACCCCCAAUUUUAUACUUAAAGCAAUCCUGUAAGGUAGGUUGGACUGAGAGAGAGAGAGACCAGGCCAAAGCCAGCCAGUGAGUUUCAUAGCUGAGUGGAGUUUUGAACCCGGAGAUUUGAGUGUCCCUGCAGUGGCUCUUGAUAGCCUUGAAUACUGGGCCAAAACCAACAUGAUAAAGUUCAACAGACACAUGUAAAGUUCUGCAUUUAGGUGAUAAAAGGGCAACAAAGAAUAUGCGUCUGGAAACAGACCUAUGAGGAAUGGUUGAAGAAGCUAGGUCCGGGGGUAGCCCAGAAUGGCUGCAGUGUCAUAUGAUCAGUUGUUAAAACAAGUAGAGGCGUUAAAAAUGGAGAACUCAAACCUUCGUCAAGAACUGGAAGAUAAUUCAAAUCAUCUUACAAAACUGGAAACCGAAGCAUCUAACAUGAAGGAGGUGCUGAAGCAGCUGCAAGGAAGUAUUGAAGAUGAGGCAAUGGCUUCAUCUGGACAGAUUGAUUUGCUUGAACGUCUUAAAGAAUUGAAUUUGGACAGCAAUAACUUCCCUGGAGUGAAGUUAAGGCCAAAAAUGUCCUUGCGCUCAUAUGGAAGCAGGGAAGGAUCUGUAUCUAGUCGUUCAGGAGAGUGCAGUCCUGUUCCCAUGGGAUCAUUUCCCAGAAGAGGUUUUAUGAAUGGAAGCAGAGAGAGCACUGGUUAUCUAGAAGAACUAGAGAAAGAGAGAUCUCUCUUACUUGCUGAGCUUGAAAAGGAAGAGAAAGAAAAGGACUGGUAUUAUGCUCAGCUUCAGAAUUUGACUAAGAGAAUAGAUAGUCUUCCUCUUACUGAAAAUUUCUCCUUGCAGACAGAUAUGACUAGGAGACAGCUAGAAUAUGAAGCAAGACAGAUCAGAGCUGCUAUGGAAGAACAGCUAGGUACUUGCCAGGACAUGGAGAAGAGGGCACAGGUGCGAGUGGCUAGAAUUCAACAAAUCGAGAAGGAUAUUCUUCGUAUAAGACAGCUCCUGCAGUCCCAAGUUGCUGAAGCAGAGAGGGCACCUCCAAGCAAGCAUGAUACAGGCUCGCAUGAAGCUGAGAGGCAAAAUGAAGGUCAAGGAGCAGCAGAAAUCAGCGUGGCCACUGCUGGCAGUAGUCAGGGUUCAGCUGCUCGGAUGGACCAGGACACCUCAAGUAUUAUGAGUUCUAACAGUAGCUAUUCUGUUCCUCGAAGAUUGACCAGUCACCUGGGUACCAAGGUGGAAAUGGUGUAUUCAUUGUUAUCAAUGCUGGGUACGCAUGAUAAAGAUGACAUGUCACGAACGUUGCUAGCCAUGUCCAGCUCCCAGGACAGCUGCAUAGCCAUGCGCCAAUCUGGAUGCCUUCCCCUCCUCAUCCAACUCCUACAUGGCAAUGAUAAAGACUCUGUUUUGUUGGGAAACUCUCGGGGCAGUAAGGAAGCCCGUGCCAGAGCCAGCGCAGCCCUGCAUAACAUCAUUCAUUCACAACCUGACGAUAAGCGAGGCAGGCGGGAAAUAAGAGUUCUCCAUCUUCUAGAACAAAUCCGAGCUUACUGUGAAACGUGUUGGGAUUGGCAGGAGGCACAUGAUCAGGGCAUGGACCAGGACAAAAAUCCAAUGCCAGCUCCAGCUGACCAUCAAAUCUGCCCUGCGGUGUGUGUCCUAAUGAAGCUUUCAUUUGAUGAAGAGCAUAGGCAUGCAAUGAAUGAACUUGGGGGGCUGCAGGCCAUUGCAGAACUUCUACAGGUGGACUGUGAAAUGUAUGGGCUUACUAAUGACCACUAUAGUGUUACAUUAAGACGAUAUGCUGGAAUGGCUCUGACGAAUUUAACUUUUGGAGAUGUUGCCAAUAAGGCUACAUUAUGUUCAAUGAAGGGUUGCAUGAGAGCUCUUGUAGCCCAGUUAAAAUCUGAAAGUGAAGAUUUGCAGCAGGUCAUUGCAAGUGUUUUGAGGAAUUUGUCAUGGAGGGCAGAUGUGAACAGUAAAAAGACACUACGUGAAGUUGGAAGCGUGAAAGCAUUGAUGGAGUGUGCUUUGGACGUUAAAAAGGAAUCCACCCUAAAAAGUGUAUUGAGUGCCUUAUGGAAUUUAUCAGCACAUUGCACUGAGAAUAAAGCUGAUAUAUGUGCUGUGGAUGGUGCUCUUGCCUUUUUAGUUGGCACGCUGACUUACCGGAGCCAAACAAAUACCUUAGCCAUCAUUGAAAGUGGAGGGGGGAUACUGCGCAACGUCUCAAGCUUGAUUGCUACAAAUGAGGACCACAGGCAAAUUCUGAGAGAGAACAGCUGCUUGCAAACCCUGUUACAUCACUUGAAGUCUCACAGUUUGACAAUAGUGAGCAAUGCAUGUGGCACCCUGUGGAACCUCUCUGCACGGAAUGCAAAGGACCAGGAAGCAUUGUGGGACAUGGGAGCAGUCAGUAUGCUCAAAAAUCUCAUACAUUCAAAGCACAAGAUGAUAGCUAUGGGCAGUGCUGCGGCUCUAAGGAACCUAAUGGCAAACAGACCUGCAAAAUAUAAAGAUGCUAACAUCAUGUCUCCAGGUUCAAGCUUACCAUCUCUUCAUGUUAGAAAGCAAAAAGCACUGGAAGCAGAGUUAGAUGCUCAACAUUUAUCAGAGACAUUUGACAAUAUUGAUAAUCUAAGUCCCAAAACAUCUCACCGUAAUAAACAAAGACACAAACAGAAUGUGUACAGUGAAUAUGUUUUGGAUGCAAAUCGACAUGAAGAUGGAGUUUGUAGGCCAGAGAAUUUCAGUGCUGGUAACAUGACUGUACUUUCACCAUAUUUAAAUACUACAGUGUUGCCUGGCUCAUCUUCUUCAAGUAGAGGGAAUACAGAGAGUUCUCGAUCUGAAAAGGACAGGAGCUUGGACAGAGAGCGUGCAAUCGGAUUAAGCAGCUAUCAAUCCACAACAGACAAUUCUGGGAGCUCUUCUAAACGAAUAGGAAUGCAGAUCUCUACUGCUGCAGCCCAAAUUUCCAAAGUAAUGGAAGAAGUAACAAGUAUGCAUAUGCCGCAAGAAGAGAGAAGCAAUGGAUCUGUAACUGAAAUGCACUGUUUAACAGAAGACAGGAAUGCUUUAAGAAGAACAUCUGCAGGCCAUACCCUCACAAGUAAUUACAACUUUGCUAAAUCUGAGAACAGGACAUGUCCUGUGCCAUAUGCAAAAGUUGAAUAUAAGAGAGCUUCUAAUGAUAGCUUAAACAGUGUCAGUAGCAGUGAUGGGUAUGGUAAAAGAGGUCAGAUGAAGCCUAUUGAAUCUUAUUCUGAAGAUGACGAAAGUAAAUUUUGCAGUUAUGGACAGUACCCUGCUGAUUUAGCCCAUAAAAUCCACAGUGCUAAUCAUAUGGAUGACAAUGAUGGAGAACUAGAUACUCCCAUAAACUAUAGUCUAAAAUACUCUGAUGAACAGUUGAAUUCUGGAAGGCAAAGCCCAUCACAGAAUGAAAGGUGGGCAAGACCCAAACACAUAAUAGAAGAAGAAAUAAAGCAGAAUGAACAAAGACAGUCCAGAAGUCAAAGUGGAGCCUACCCUGUAUACACUGAAAGUGGGGAUGAUAAACAUAUGAGCUACCAGUCCGCUUUUGGACAGACAGAAUGUGUUUCUCCUUUCAGAUCAAGAGAAUCUAUCAGUUCAGAACAAAACAGAGUAGGCUGCAGUCAUGGAAUAAAUCCAAAAGUAAACCAGUCCUUAUGCCCGGAUGAUUAUGAGGAUGAUAAGCCAACCAAUUAUAGUGAGCGUUACUCCGAGGAGGAGCAGCAUGAGGAAGAAGAUCAUCCAACUAAUUAUAGCAUAAAGUACAAUGAAGAAGAGCACCAUGUAGAUCAGCCUAUUGAUUAUAGUCUCAAAUACUCAACAGAUGUUCCCCCCUCUGCACAGAAGCCAUCUUUUUCUUUCUCAAAAAGUCCAUCCGUGCAAAGCACUAAAACAGAUCACAUUUCAUCGAACAGCAGGAGUACAUCGGCAUCAGCUGGCUCAAAGAGGCAUAACCAACUUCAUCCAAAUUCUGCUCAAAAUAGAGCAGGUCAUGCUCAGAAGUCUACCUCCUGCAAAGCACCCUCCAUCAACCAGGAAACAAUGCAAACUUAUUGUGUGGAAGAUACACCAAUAUGCUUUUCAAGAUGUAGCUCUUUGUCAUCUUUAUCAUCAGCUGAAGAUGAAACGGGACGUGAUCAAGCCACACGUGUAGCAGAUACUGAUAACUCCCUGAAGAUAGUGGGAAUGAAAGAAAAUAGUGGGAGUCUGUCCACAGCAGGUACAGUAAGUGAAACUUCAUCUGCCUCACAGCACAUUAGAACAAAAUCAAAUAGACUUCAGAAUUCUAGUUUAUCUCCAUCUGAUUCAGCUAGACAUAAGGCUGUUGAGUUUACUUCAGGUGCCAAAUCUCCUUCAAAAAGCGGUGCUCAGACUCCCAAGAGUCCACCAGAACAUUAUGUGCAGGAGACUCCACUCAUGUUUAGCAGGUGUACUUCUGUAAGUUCCCUGGAUAGCUUUGAGAGCCGUUCAAUUGCUAGCUCUGUUCAGAGUGAGCCUUGCAGUGGAAUGGUGAGUGGCAUCAUAAGCCCGAGCGACCUUCCAGAUAGUCCUGGGCAAACAAUGCCCCCAAGCAGAAAUAAAACCCCACCCCCUACACAAACCACUCAAGUAAAGAGAGAAGCAACCAAAACUAAAGUACCUAAUGCUGAAAAGAGAGAAUCUGGACCAAGGCAGACAGCUCUAAAUACAGCUGUUCAAAGAGUGCAGGUAUUGCAAGAUGCAGACACUUUGUUACACUUUGCUACAGAAAGCACACCAGAUGGAUUUUCUUGUUCAUCAAGCCUAAGUGCUUUGAGUCUUGAUGAACCAUUUAUACAGAAAGAUGUAGAGUUAAGAAUAAUGCCUCCUGUACAUGAGAAUGACCAUGGGAAUGAAGCAGAACUUGAACAGACAGAUGAUACAAAGGAUAAUCAAGAGAAGAAGACAGAGAAGCCCACAGAAACGGAAAAAGAUAUACUGGAUGAUUCAGACGAUGAUGAUAUCGAAAUAUUGGAGGAAUGUAUUAUUUCUGCUAUGCCAACAAAAUCUUCACGUAAAGCCAAAAAGCCUUCUCAGAUAACUGCUUCAAAAAUACCGCCACCUAUAGCCAGGAAACCAAGCCAGCUGCCUGUGUAUAAGCUUCUCCCUUCGCAAAGCAGAUCACAUUCUCAAAAGCAUGUUAGUUUUACUCCUGGAGAUGAUAUGCCACGUGUGUAUUGUGUUGAGGGAACCCCAAUAAACUUCUCAACUGCUACAUCUCUGAGUGAUCUCACAAUAGAAUCACCACCAAAUGAAUUGGUAAAUACAGAGUCUGUUGGUACAGACAUGGAACCAGCUGAGUUUGAAAAGAGAGAUACCAUUCCUACAGAAGGCAGAAGUACUGAUGAUGCUCAAAGGGGGAAAAGGUCAACUGGGACUACGAUUGGACUGGAUGAUGACAAAGCAGAAGGUGAUGAUAUUCUUGCAGAAUGUAUUAAUUCUGCUAUGCCAAAAGGAAAAAGCCACAAGCCUUUCAGAGUGAAAAAGAUAAUGGAUCAAAUACAGCAAGCAACUGCAUCGCCAUCGAUAAGCACUAAAAAUCAACUGGAAGUUGAGAAAAAGAAACCAACAUCACCAGUAAAGCCCAUGCCCCAGAGUAACGAGUAUAGGGCACGCUUACGAAAAACCACAGAGCCAAAAAGUAAUUUUAGCAGUGAAAGGACAUAUACAGACAGCAAAGAUAUAAAGAAACAAAACCUGAAAAAUAACUCAAGGGACUUCAAUGAUAAACUUCCAAAUAAUGAAGAGCGUACAAAAGGAAGCUUUGCAUUUGAUUCUCCCCACCAUUACACUCCAAUUGAGGGAACACCAUAUUGUUUUUCACGAAAUGAUUCCUUGAGUUCUCUAGACUUUGAUGAUGAUGUGGAUCUUUCAAGGGAAAAGGAAGAACUGAGAAAGGCAAAAGAAAGUGAAAAUAAAUCCAGCACCAAUACUGAACAGACUUCAAACCAGCACUCAGUGAAUAGAACACAUUCUUGUCAAAAAAACACUCCAACAGAAAGAAAUCAAUCCAAAGCUCUUCUGCAGAAACAAACCCCUUUUUCUCAGUCAGCUAAAGAGAUUGCGGAUAGAAGUGCAGCUACUGAUGAGAAAAUGCAAAAUUUUGCAAUAGAAAAUACUCCUGUUUGUUUUUCUCGUAAUUCAUCUCUGAGUUCUCUCAGUGAUAUUGAUCAAGAAAACAACAACAAUAAAGAAAGUGAGCCCAGAAAACAUAUAGAAUCAUCUGAUGCCAAGAUGGAAUCAAGCAGACCUCAAGUUUCUGGUUAUGUUCCCAAAUCAUUUCAUGUUGAAGACACACCUGUAUGCUUUUCAAGAAACAGUUCCCUCAGUUCUCUUAGUAUUGACUCAGAAGAUGAUCUUUUGCAGGAAUGCAUUAGUUCUGCUAUGCCAAAAAAGAAAAAGCCUUCAAGAGCAAAAGGGGACAGUGAAAAAAGUAACUCUAGAAGCAUGGGAGGCAUUUUGGCUGAAGAUCUAACUCUCGAUUUGAAGGAUAUACAAAGACCUGAUUCAGAGCAUGGUUUCUCACCGGAUUCAGAGAACUUUGACUGGAAAGCUAUUCAAGAAGGUGCAAAUUCCAUAGUUAGCAGCUUGCAUCAAGCUGCUGCUGCAGCAUCACUGUCAAGGCAAGCUUCAUCAGACUCUGAUUCAAUCCUUUCAUUAAAAUCUGGAAUUUCUUUAGGGUCACCCUUUCAUCUGACACCAGACCAAGAAGAAAAACCUUUUACUAGUAAUAAAGGUCCAAGAAUUAUUAAACCAGGAGAGAAGAGUACAUUGGAAACUAAAAAAGUAGAGUCCGAAAAUAAAGGUAUCAAAGGAGGAAAGAAAGUAUAUAAAAGUAUGAUUACAGGUAAAGCUCGUUCUAAUUCAGAACUUACCAGUCAUUUAAAACAGCCCCUGCAAACAAAUAUGCCUUCAAUCUCCCGAGGCAGGACAAUGAUUCAUAUUCCUGGAGUUCGGAAUAGCUCUUCAAGUACAAGUCCUGUUUCUAAAAAAGGGUCACAACUAAAGAGUACAGCAUCCAAAAGUCCUAUUGAAAGCCAGAAUUCUUCUGCUUCCCCCAGAGUAAACAAACAAUCUGUGAAAUCUGAGCCAAGCCCUAUAUCCAGGCAGCCGUCUCAACCAGGUGGAUCAAGUAAAGGACCUUCUAGAUCAGGAUCUAGAGAUUCUACACCAUCUAGACCACAGCAGCAACCAUUAACCAGACCUCUGCAGUCUCCUGGCCGAAAUUCCAUUUCACCAGGCAGAAAUGGCAUAAGUCCUCCUAAUAAACUCUCUCAGUUGCCAAGAACAUCAUCUCCAAGUACAGCUUCCACCAAGUCUUCAGGUUCCGGAAGAAUGGCAUACACAUCACCAGGCAGACAGAUGAGUCAGCAAAGUAUUGUGAAACAAACAGGGUUGCCCAAAAGUACCAGUGGUAUUCCCAGGAGUGAGUCUGCGUCAAAAGGACUAAACCAAAUUUCUGGUGUCAGUGGAUCUAACAAAAAGACUGAGUUGUCUAGAAUAUCAUCAGCCAAAUCCAGUGGGAGUGAAUCUGACAGAUCAGAGAGACCAGUUUUAGUACGCCAAUCGACCUUUAUUAAAGAAACUCCAAGUCCCACACUAAGAAGGAAAUUAGAAGAGUCUGCCUCAUUUGAAUCUUUGUCCCCUUCUAGGCCAGACUCUCCCACCCAGUCCCAAACACAGACCCCAGUUUUAAGUCCUUCACUUCCUGAUAUGUCUUUAUCUGCUCAUUCAGCCAUCCAGGCUAGUGGCUGGCGAAAGUUACCUCCUAACCUGAGCCCUUCUUUAGAGUACAGUGAUGGGAGACCCACAAAACGCCAUGACAUAACUCGGUCUCAUUCUGAGAGUCCUUCUAGACUGCCAAUUAACAGAUCAGGGACAUGGAAGCGUGAGCACAGCAAACACUCCUCAUCCCUUCCUCGUGUAAGCACCUGGAGAAGGACUGGAAGCUCUUCCUCCAUUCUUUCAGCCUCUUCCGAAUCCAGUGAGAAGGCAAAAAGUGAGGAUGAAAAACAGCAUGUGAGUUCUUUUUCUGGAUUCAAGCAAUCUAAAGAGAGUCAAGCACCAACAAAAGGUACUUGGAGAAAGAUAAAGGAAAAUGAAAUUCCUCAGAUAAUGACUAGUCCUCCUCAAAAUACCUCAUCAGGUGCUAUCAGUGGUGCUGAUUCAAAAACUUUAAUUUACCAGAUGGCACCUGCUGUCUCUAAAACAGAGGAUGUAUGGGUGAGGAUUGAGGACUGCCCUAUUAAUAAUCCUAGGUCUGGAAAGUCUCCCACAGGAAACACUCCCCCUAUUAUUGACAGUGUUUCAGAGAAAGGGAAUGUGAAUAGUAAAGAUUCUAAAGAUCUUCAUGAAAAACAAAAUGCAGGGAAUGGAAAUGUCCCUGCUCGCACCAUGGGUUUAGAAAACCGCCUGAAUUCAUUCAUUCAAGUGGAUGGCCCAGACAAGAAAGGAACUGAAACAAAACCUGUGCUAAACAAUCCUGUCCCUGUCCCAGAAACUAGUGAAAGCACUAUUAAUGAACGUACACCAUUCAGUUCCAGCAGCUCCAGCAAACACAGUUCGCCCAGUGGUGCUGUUGCAGCAAGAGUGACUCCUUUCAACUAUAAUCCAAGCCCCAGGAAAAGCAGUGCAGAUAAUGGUUGUGCCCGACCAUCGCAGAUACCAACACCAGUAAAUAACAGCACAAAAAAACGAGAUUCAAAGACUGAAAGUACAGAUUCCAGUGGCGCUCAAAGUCCUAAGCGGCAUUCUGGAUCUUACCUGGUGACUUCUGUUUAAUGAAAAAUUCUGAUUAUUAUGCUAUAUGUGGAACUUUUUGAUGAAACUAUAAAAUAAUUUGGUUAGGUUUUGGGUUGGGGUUGUGUGUGUUUUUUUGUAAAUACAUUUGAUUCUUGUAGAGGGUUCUUGUUCUGGAAGCCAUAUUUGAUAUUCUUUGUCUUUGACUGGUAAUAUUUUGAGGGAUUCCUUCUGACUUUGACUGGUAAUAUUUUGAGGGUUCCCAAUUGAUAGUUUAGCAAUAAAAUUGCUAAAGUGAUUAUAUUUGUACAGUAUGUUUUACAUAUAUUUAAUUAACAUCCCAUACCUUUAAUUGUUUUUUGUGGGGAGAAGAGGAUUCAAGAAAGAUGAAUGGAGAUUGAAAACAAAAUUCUAAUGCUGUAUCACUCAUUUCUAGAUUUACAAAAUGACUAAACUACAUCAGGGAGAAAUUGGUAUUAUUUAUGCAAAAAAAAAAAAUACUCCAUUUUAGUAUUUGUGAAGCCACCUAACCUUAUAAUUAAUCAUGUGGCUGUGAAAUUCACAGUAAUAUGGUUUCUGCUGAACAAGCCUGUUUUUUCUGCAUGGAUAGAACUGAUGGUUCAUUUUCUGAAAUAAUGAUUAACAUUUCUGUGGUCACAUAAUGUGCAUAGAUAGUUAUGGUGUAAUUUUAUCUUUGUUUCUGUGCUCUGCAAAAAAAGGAAAUCGGUGUAUGUGUGAACCUUGAAGAAAAUUAUUUUACCAAAACUAGAUUUUAUCUGACAGUAGGUAGGAUUUUUGCUAUGCUGUAACUUGUUGUAUAUUCUGGUAUUUGAGGUGAGAUGGCUGCUCUUCUAUUAAUGAGACAUGGGUGAGGUCUCAACAGAACUAAAUGAACAUUUCAGAAUAAAUUAUUGCUGUAUGUAAAUUUUGUUGUGUGUUACUUUUGCAGUACAUAAGAAAUGGAUGUUUAAUUUUGGUAUUUUUGAGAUUUCUUUUUUUGUAUGAUGUAUGAAUGCACUUACUCUAAAGGCUCAUUGGGGGCAAUCUACAUUCCAUUGAAAUUGGUGGAAGCAUUGGCAUGGAUUUUAAUGGAUCUGGAUUGUAUCCACUGCCUGUUAACAGUCACACACUGGUUCUUUUCAAGUUUAUAGUAGCUGUUAACGUACACAUAUAACUGCUGCAGCAUUCCAACAGAGCACUGGGGUUUGCAGUUGAGACUUUUGUUGAUUCUAAGUACAGAAAGAGGCUAAAAGAAGUACUUCUGUAUGCCCAAAGUCAUGCUUCUCAUCUUGCACAGUCUAGAAUGCUAUUCUGUGAAUAAAAUAUGAGUUUUGCAGUUCUGGAAAAACUGGAAAAAAAGUUUAUCUGGAAAUUGAUUGCAAGUGUAUAUUCAUUUGGUAUCUUGCUCCUUUUUUUAAUGUGGACACACUGGAGACUAAUAUACUAAAUUUAAGUGUCUUAGUAGAAAAUAAGUUUUGUAUAAACUACUCUGGAUAAACCAACUUUGUAAUCACAUAUGCUUUCACUUAAGAGACCUUCAUUAUACUGUUUACAACAGAAGUACUCUGAUAAACUUAAGUGCCUCUAUGCAAAUAUAGCAAAAUGCGUGUGCAUGUGGUUAAUUAAAACAGUAGAAAGCAAGUAAACUUAUAUCUCAGGCUGGUUUUCAUUAUUACUAUCAUAUAUGUAAUAUGUGUUUACAUAAAGUAGGGUUCUGAAUGUGCUUACCAGUGUCAAAAUACAAAUAUGCCAGUUUAACUGAUAAUACAGGACAGUGCUUCUUGCUGUAUGGCACACUAGAGCUAGAGCUGUAAAACUCCUGAAACGAUGGAGACAGAAAUAUCCUUUUUAAGGGGGGAAAUUGAAAUAUAUACAUAUGAUACAAAUAUACUUAAAGUUCACUGUUUUAAAGGCACAAAAUGAACUGUGUACAGCUUAGUUUGCACAUAAGAUUUCCCUUUUUAAUAAUAAAACUAGGGCAUCAACAUGCAAGCUGAUAUAACCUGAGUUUAUCUGAGCAGGUUUUUCCUGAGCCCUCUUGCAGCAUCUGGAGACUGGUGAAUGUACUGUCCUGAUUUGGCCACGGUCCAUCUUGGCGAUAUUCUCUCACCUCAAGGAGUGUAGCACCCAAGCAGGCAGGGCAAUAGGCUGCUUGCUUUCCUAUAGGAAGAUGAAACACAAUGUCAUAUAGUUCCUUGAGGUGGGAGAAUAUCGCCAAGAUGGACAGUGGCCAAAUCAGGACAGUACAUUCACCAGUCUCCAGAUCAAAGUGGAAAGUAGGCCAGCAGGCAACAAUUCACAAGCAAACAAGGAUCCUAGGGAAGGCGUAGGUCUGUGUAAAGUGGACAGUGGGUCUGAGGUGGAGGGAGGCUGAAAGCAUCUGGUAUCUUAAAGUUCUACAUAAUUAUAUAUUAUGCAGAUCAGAAUUGUAGAUUUAACAUGUUUCAUUGCCUUACAUAGAAAACAUCUUCAUGUUACAUAGUUAGCAUUUUGAAAGCAAUAAACAGGAAGUGAUAAUCUUUUAAAACCAUGCUUUGUAAAGUAUUUCAUGCAGCAGUUUGAGAGAAUAUAUUUCAUAAGAAAUGUGUUAAAGUUUUUCCAAAAUGUCCACUUUCCCUCUGACCUGAGGGGUGGAGGGACAGAAGCAAAUUGUUCCUGCCCCGCCCCCUGAAAUUUCCCCAGUUCCCCCCCCCCCCAGGUCUUCACAUCUCUUAACCCAGAGCACAAGUCUUCUGCUAUAAAUUUUUACAUUUUCGGAAUAACUGACAUCAUAUUAGCCUAAUGUAAAGAUAACAGAUGUCGCCUUAAGUGGCGCAGUGGGGAAAUGCUUGACUAACAAGCAGAAGAUUGCCAGUUCAAAUCCCCGCUGGUACUAUAUCGGGCAACAGCAAUAUAGGAAGAUGCUGAAAGGCAUCAUCUCAUACUGCGUGGGAGGAGGCAAUGGUAAACCCCUCCUGUAUUCUACCAAAGAAAAUCCAUGUCUCUGUGAACGCCAGGAGUCGAAAUUGUCUUGACAGCACACCUUGCUUUAGAGAUAACAUGCAUUUUCAAAUAAUGUAAUGUAUUGUUAGCUUUAUCUUGGUGCCCUCCCCUCCCCUCCCCAUAAUGCCUUGACACAAAGUAGAUAAGGCAGGAUAUAAAUCCCUUAAAUAGAUAAUGUCAUUUGUUUAAAUAAUACAUACUGAAUAGAUAAACUGGUGAAUCCGAUAACACUUUGAAAUGCCAUAUGUAAGAAGAACUAUACAACAUAAAAUCUGUAUUUAAUUAACCCUAUUAAGAUACUAACAGUAAGUUAACGUUAAGAACUUGUGUGCUGGGUUUCUUAUAAAAAGUAUUAUGUAACAAAAUAUUACUCCUUUUUCCUGAGGUCUCCAUCAAAAAGGCUGUAGUUCUUAUACUCUGCCUUUUAACUGGGCAUAAAUAAUGGCAUACCAUAUUGGUAGAAUAUCUUAUGUAGACACAACCCCUGCCUCCCUGAUAUACAGUAUCCUUGUUUGCAAUAUAUUACGGUUCAAUGUACUUUAUGUACAGCAUCCAAUAUAGACUAAUAAACAAGAUCAGUGUUCCUUUGAUCAGUCUGAUUCACUUCAGUUUCUCUUGCAUCAGCUAUUCCAAAAGAAAAUGGGGAUUACAGCUGGAGGGAACUCCCCACCAUGAAGGUUGCAGAAAUCCUCUGCUGUUAACUACCAAGCUUUAAUGGCAACUUGACUUCACGGAUGCUGUUAAAUGUGUACUUGCUGAUUACUGCUAUUUUUUACUUCUUAAAUUAACCACUGGCGUAUUGUCGUGAUGCACCGCACGGUAUGGGCAAAACCAAUUCAAGAAAUUGAAGAUAAUUUUUAAAAAUAAAAUUCCAUUGGGCAGCAUCGCUUCUCAGCCUUUUAGCUAAGAUCCAGUAUGUGUUCCAUUGGGCAACGCCCAAAUGAAGAUUUGCAUGAGCAGAAUGCUUCCACUUCUACAAAGGAGAUGAGGCAAUGUAUAUCCCACUCUUCCCCCUGCUGCCCUCUGUAUUUGCCAAAAAAAGUCACUGAGGAUUCUCCAGAUCUCGGGGACAUCUUUUCAGCAAGCGCAUGGAGCUAUAAAGGGAAGGGGGAUAAAAGAAAAGCGCUCCUCACCAUGUGCAUGAGUGGAAGUCUUCCACUCAUGCAAAUCUUAGUCUGGAUCUAUUGCUCACUGACACAAAGUUUCCUGCUUCCUCCCCUGGCUCUGGUACUGUGAGAAUUAUAUUAAUUUUUUUCACUUUCUGAUUAUUUGUGAAUCAAUGUGCAAGCCAAAAUGUUCAAAACGUUUUCUUUUGUAACUUAAUUCUGAUAUACUGAAAUAUAAUGAAUAAUUUGAUCAGCAAUUUCAUUUUGAUGUAAAGAAAUAGCCCAGUAAAAACAAAUGUGCAAAUUGUAAUGUUUACUUUUUUACAAUAAGCUUGCUUUUUUUAGUAUCAAUGUAAGUGGCAUAUAAACAUACUUGUUUUGAGACCGUGACCACAAUUGUAUUUUUAAGCCUGUUAUUGUCCAUAUCCCUCUUUAAGAGUAUUCAUUGAAUUGUGAUUUAACUUGUCUUCAAUGAAAUAAUUUAUUGUUCCAAGUCAUGUACUCAAUCUAUAAUGUUGUUUCUCAAAGCUGUAAACUAUCCCAUCACAAUUUAUUAUGUACUAACAAUGUAAAAACUAAAUGUUCUAUAAACAUUUUUAUAUCUGACAAACCAACCAUGACUACAAAGAACUGAAGUAGUCUGUUUUCAAAGUAGUAUCUCUGACUAUUAACAUGUUUGAGAAGUUUAAUUUGAGUUUAUUUGUAUAUUUUUAAUGUGUGAAAUCAAAAAAAUUAAAAUUUGGAACUCUUUGUGUUUAACAGAACCUAAUGCAUAACUCUAUAAUUGGAUGGCUUCAACACACUAAACAGAUUCUUGAAAGAGUUCUGAAUGUUUCAGUGUUGCCAAUGGGUCUUGUAAAUUAAAUUCUUCUAUAAAGACCAUGUUCCAUCCAAA